AUGUAUUCUCCCCUGCGGGCACAGGUAAUAUUACUUUUUAUGUUCUCCUUUCUCUGUUUAUCUUGAAACUCGAGAGGAACCGGGUUUUCCCGGGUUUGAUGUCCUUUUUUCUGAUGUAUAUAGUGACUGCCCAUCUCAGAGUGUAGGUAAAAGCGAUAUUCAAGAGAAUUUGGCCUUCAGAAUUCUAGAAAUUUGAUUCCUUGUGCCUUGUUUUAGAUAUUCUUCGAUGUUUUUGAAUGAUAAGGUUAUUUUGAUAUUUUUGAAUCGUGCGUAGGAGAAUCUUGAGGGACAAGGAUUGAUCGUGUUUGCAUUGAGGAUUUAUGGGAAAUGGAUGGAGGGUUUCAAAAAUUAUAUUGUUUUAGGUAUAUCUGGUGUCUUUUUGAUUUUUUUGCUCGUUUUUGGGUAAUUCCUUGUUUUUUCUUUAUUACAACUCAGUUGUUGGCACCCUGACUCUGAUUUGAGAAAGUUUUCAUCCUAGUUGGAGUAAAAUUUUAACAUUUUAAAAUCUAAGUUCAUCGGUAUUGGCAUGUAGAUUCUAAAUUGAUGUUUUUUCAUCGUUCCCAAAUCCAAGGCCCUCAGAUUCAUAAAUUUUUUGUUUCAGAGAUGCUCAAAGAAGCCGCCGUCUGACGCCAUUCGUCUCAGAGAAGGAAUCAUGAACGGCACAGCGACUUUGGGCCGAGACGACAGUUUCCCAUUGGCAAAUUUCAAAAAAGGCACAAAAAUCUGGAUCAAAGAUGCCGAACGAGUAUGGAUUCAGACAGAAAUGUUGGCGGACCUCAGUUUCCAGUCGAAAACAAUUAAACUUCGAGUGAUUGCCGACGAUGAGGUAGGAAACUACAUUGUUUCAGAUAUUAGAUCACCUCUAAAUUUUUUUUAUUUUUUUGUCUCAUGUUAAAAUUUCCAGGUUAUCGACUAUGACCCAGUCAAAUCUGGGAUGCCAUUUUUAUGUAAUCCCGACAUCUUAUUGGGCAAGGACGACUUGACUUCGCUGAGUUAUCUCCAUGAACCUGCUGUUCUCAACAAUUUGCAAUACAGAUUCGAGCGUUUGGAGAAGAUCUACACGUACUCUGGGAUUGUUUUGGUUGCAAUUAACCCAUAUGCGGACUGUUCUCAAAUUUACGGCGAUGACGUUAUGUUGGUAAGCUCUAGACACCGGGUUUUUCGUUUAUUUUUGAGGGAUUUUCUUUGAAAUGAAUGAUUUUCAGGUCUAUCGAGGGCAAGGGCAACAAGUUCGUGUGUUAGAGCCACAUAUUUACGCCAUUGCCGAGGAAGCGUACUAUGACAUGUGUGAAUAUACCAAGAAUCAGUCGAUUAUCGUGUCUGGCGAAAGUGGGGCCGGUAAGACGGUGUCAGCCAAGUUUGUGAUGAGGUAAGCGAUCUUUGAAAUUAUUUCGUUGGUUUAGGAGAAUUAUGGAUAAAAGUAUGGGAUAUCGUACUUCAUAUCGCGGGAUUUCCACGGAAUUUAAUUAUGUUUGUGACAAAGUUUUUAAUUGUCUUAUCAUUCCAGAUACCUCACCACAGCGGCAUCGUCUUCGAGGCAUCGCAAAUCUUCAGACCAUGGGAUUGAAAGUCGAGUUUUGGCGUCAAAUCCUGUUAUGGAGGCCAUUGGAAACGCCAAAACUAUUCGGAACGACAAUUCGUCGCGUUUCGGAAAGUUUAUUCAAAUCGACUUCACCGACAAACGACUUGUCGCCGGGGCCCAAAUGAAGACUUACUUGCUGGAGAAGAGUCGAGUCGUCUUUCAAUCGCAAAAUGAACGAAAUUAUCACAUUUUCUAUCAAAUCUGCGCGUCGGCAAACCAUGAAAUUUUGGCCGGACUCGGAUUGGAUCGACCGGAAGAGUUUUACUUUACAAAACAGGGAAAUGCGCCGGAAAUUGAGGGUGUGGAUGAUAGAAAAGAAUUCGAAAGCACUCUAAAAGCCUUUGAUCUACUGAAAAUUGAUCAUUUGAAGCAGCGGGAGAUCUUCCGAGUUCUCGCUGGAGUUCUCCAUCUCGGCAAUAUUGCGUUUGACGCACAAGGAGACAAAAGUUCAAUUACGGUGAGCUGUUCAAAAGUUUUAUUUUUUUCUUUCGAUUUUAGAAGAAUUCCGAAUCCUGGCUGCAGAAACUUUGUUCAGACCUCUUUCAAAUUGAUGACUCUCAAUUAACGGAAUGGCUGACGAACAGAGAACUCAAAGCUGGAGUGGAAAAGUUGAAGAAACCGUUGAGUUCCGUGGAUGCGGCGGACAAUCGAGACGCUUUGGCCAAGUUGAUCUACUCGGCAUUGUUCACAUGGAUUGUGGAUAAAAUAAACCAGAGUCUGAUGAGUGACAAGAAGGAAACUAAAAAAGGAGUCGAAGCCAGCUUUAUUGGCGUCCUCGAUAUUUAUGGGUAAUUUUUUUACGAAAACAGUUCGAACUGCCCGAGACGAUCUUUUUUGUCGAACAUUUUUUUGGAUAAGGGUAAAGAUCGAGUGUUUUCAGAUUCGAAACUUUCGACGUGAAUAGUUUUGAGCAAUUCUGCAUCAACUACGCCAAUGAAAAGCUCCAACAACAAUUCAAUCAGCACGUUUUCAAGCUGGAACAGGCAGAAUACGAACGAGAAGGGAUCGCUUGGGUCCGCAUUGAAUAUUACGACAAUCAAGAAUGCAUAGAUCUAAUUGAAAAACGCCCGGGAAUCUUGGACUACCUCGAUGAACAGUGCAAGGUAAGUUUUGAACUUGAAGUUUUUUUUAAUUAUUUUUUUUAUUUUAAUCGUGGUUUAUGAAGGUCAACUUUAUGUUUUAUUCAAUUUUCAGACCGGCCAUGGGACAGACGACGCAUGGCUUGGCCAAUUGACGAACUGCCCGACCCUCAGAGACGCCGACCAUCUCCAGAUGCCCAAGAUUCGGAACAAAACCUUUACUGUUCGACAUUUUGCGGCUGAUGUGAGCUACACGGUCACUGGAUUCCUUAACAAGAAUAAAGACACUGUCAAUGAACGAUUGCUGGAGGUUGUGGGGAAAACACAGGUAAUUAAAAAAGAAUUUUUUAAAAAUUGUUUUUCAGUUUGGAUUCCUCAAAGAGAUCCUCGAAGACUCGCUGAUUCAACUUCAGGCCGGCUCGAAAAGAAAGAAGACGGUUGGAAUUCAAUUCAGAGAUUCGUUAAAAGAACUGAUUACCGUUUUGUCUUCGACUCGGCCGCAUUAUGUCCGAUGUAUCAAGCCGAACGAUGAAAAAGAACGCUUCACUUUCGAACCAAAACGAGCCAUCCAACAGCUGAGAGCCUGCGGAGUUUUGGAGACGGUCAGAAUCUCGGCCACCGGGUACCCAUCGAGGUAAGGUCUUGUAAUUGGUGAAAUCGAGGUUUGGCCAGCUAUUUGAACGUUGAAUUUGUUCGUUACUAGCGGUUUGAUCUGCCCGGAAUGAACUUUGUCUAAAAUAAAACCUGCUCGAAUUCAAAAGCAGCUUGUUUGGACCUAUUAUGUUUGCCCUUUAGAUGGUCCUACGACGAUUUCCAACGUCGCUACGCCGUUCUAUACCCAUCGGGCCGUCAUCUCAAGCCCAAAGCCUUUGCCAAAGAAGCCUGCGAACGAUGGUUGGAGCCGGAGAAGUUCGCCCUCGGCGCGUCCAAGAUCUUCUUCCGCACCGGACAGGUGGCCGCACUGGAAAAGAACCGACACGACGUUCUCCAUCGUUCCGCAGUCCUCAUUCAAAAGACUUGGAGGGGUUUCCGAGACCGCCGCCGUUACGUCGAAUACAAACAAGCCGUUCUUGCCAUUCAGGUGGGCACUUGAAAAUGAUCUAGAGUGUUUUGAUUUGAUUUUUAUGAUUUUUUUUGUGAAAUUUUGUGAUUUUAGGCGUAUUCUCGAGCUUUCAUUGCUUUUCGACGCAUCAAAUUUUUGCAAAUGCACCGGGCCGUGGUUACGAUGCAAAGCGCUGUGAGAGGAUACACACAAAGAAGGCAAUUUGCAAAGACGAAAGCUGCGGCUUUGCAAAUUCAGUCGUGGUUCAGAGCCGAACAGGUCCGGAAAGAAGUUUUGAAGGUGAGUUUUGGCCUGUUAUCUGGUCAGAACAGUAUUUAUUUUUUUGUUUUUGUAAAUUUCAGAAACGGUUUGAGAAGUCCGCAAUUGUCAUCCAAAAACACUGGCGCGGCUACAUGGUUCGUCGGGAGAGAAUCCACUACAUCCUCAAGGUCAUCAAAGUCCAAGCCAUGGUUCGUCGUUUCCUGGCGAAGAAACGCCUUCGUCAGCUCAAGAUCGAAGCCAAGUCGGUGGAUCAUUUCAAGAACCUCAACGAUGGUCUGGCCAAUAAAAUUAUCGAGCUAAGGCAGAAGCUGGAUGCCGUGAAUGGCGAGAAGAAUGAACUGAAGGUUAAAUUGGCUGAUUACGAAACAAUGAAGAAGAGAAAUUGCGACAUGGAAGCGGAAAUAAAGGAGCUGCAACAAAAGGCCGGCCUGGUUGAAGAGUUGACCCGAACCGUGGAGUCCAUGAAGGAUCGAAUCGAUGAGCAAGAAGAGCAUUUAAUGCUCUGGGAAGGAAGAUACCACGAUUUGAAUGAUAACCUGGAAAACGUAAGGAAAGAAAUUUGUGGGGUGGAAAAAUUAUUUAGGCCAAGAUUGAACUCUCCACGCUCUCCGAGGAACGCGAGAGUCUUGGCGACCUCGUCCGUGAACGAACGACCCAAUUGAAUCAACUGCAAGGACAGUUGGAUAACGAGACCCGCCGAAGAGAACAAGCCGAACGCGAGAUGUCGGAGAUGAGGGACCAGCUCAUCAAGAACGCCGACUUGUUGACCAGCUCCAACUUUAGCAGAGAAGGCAGUAUGAGAGGUAGGGGUGUCGGGAUUUUUAUAAAGUUUUUUUGAAUAUUGGUAUGUGGAAUAUUGCCCCCGAUUUUCAGGCGAUUUCAACAAGGCCGGGUUCAGCUCGGGCUCAAGCGACAUUCAACAGGAUCCCGACAGUCUACGCAUACUUCAAGAGCAACAAACCAUCAUCUCUGGCCUCCGCCGAAGAUUGGAUGAAGCAAGCCGCAGCAAAGACCGGUUGGAAAACGAAAUUUGUGCUGCAAAGUUGAGCGAAUACGCGGAAAAGUGCACAUCCUUGAGGGCAUAUGAAGCACAAAGAAUUCAAGUAAGGUCUUUCGAUGUUCUAGAAGUGCUAAUAUUCGAUAUAAUGAAGGCUAAUUUUUGCGCUUUCAGGACCUCGAAGUUAGUCUGGUCAAGCAAAGAAACGAACUGCAAGCUUAUGCCGACGCCCUCGCAAAGUCGGGAUCGCUGCAGAAAUGCUUUGUGGAGUCGUACGAUCGGUUGAAGGACGACGCCGAAAGAUUGCAUGAAGAAAAUCUGGGUCUGAGGGCGUUAUUGGCAACCUUCUUUGAGAAACGAACUUCUGGAUCCCCGGAUUCUGGCCAAUGGAGUGGAGAUGGGUCCGAAGAUGGAACGUCGUCGUUUGCAACCAAUGAUCUUGAAGAGCAGUUCACAGCGGAUCGAUUGGUCAGACAGUACAGAAAUACGUUGGAGUAAGAACUUUUGUGGGGUUGAUUUGUGUUACAGUCGGGCAAUAAUUCAAGCAUUUUUUUCAGCGUUGCCAACCGCGAGAUUGCCGAAAGAGACGAGAAAAUCCUGGAAUUGAACCGACAAAUUGCCCAUUUGGAAGAGCAAUAUGGAGUGAAUAGUGUACAUACGGUAGGUUCGAUUUACUAUCUAGUAGGUACUAUAAUAAAGAACAUAAGAGUUGGGGUACAGGAAGUCAACAGGAAGGACUUUGGUUAGAAUAUUUAGCUAUCACAUAACAAACAGCACAAUGCCAAUAAUUUUAAUAGGGAGUGGCAAUAAAAGUAAUGAGGUACUGUAAAAUUAUUCGCAAAAUGUUGUCCUGGCUUGGUCAAUUUUUGCAGGCAAUAAAGGAAGUAAAGAGGACUUUGAUCGCUUGCAUACCCCCGAUUUCAUUGAAUCCUAUUAGCCGAGAAAAAAUUGAUGGUCUAUAAACAUUUUGAAUACAAAGGUGGGACGAAUCAAACACAAUGGGAAAAGGCGUUUAUACGUGUCUAUUCGUUGAGAAAUAGGGAGUUGCGCAAGUUAGUCGAAAAUUUUGUCUUCGUUUACCAGCGCUGUGUCCAGUAAUCGCGGAAUUCAAGCAUUUUCUAGAAUUGAAAUGAGGUGAUCUUUAUCCACAACACCCUCUCAAUAGUGCUGCUGUAGUUUUAUUUGUCCAGCCUUUUUAUUUUGCCUUUCCUUUGGCGCAUUUGUCUAUCUAUCUGUCUCUUUCCUUUGUCGGGUUGAGUCAUAUUGGUAAAAGCCAUGGGAACGAGCGUCAACAGGAAGGACUUUAAGUGAGAUGACCGGGUAUUUUGUUUCGAAAAUGGGGAUUCAGUUAACUCGGGUUUUGAAUCAGAGAUGGCAUGUUUUAUCCGAAAUCUGUAUAUUGUUUUGUUGACAGAUGAUAAAUCGCUUAGAAUGUUUAGAAUAGGCACGAAGAGCGAACUUUCUUUCGUGACACAAUACUACCAUUUAGAAGCAGAGUAAAAAAAACUAACUGCUCCAUUCAUCUCCAUCCAAAGAAGUCAAUAUUCGGUUAAGAAAGGACUGAAUACCACAGCUGGCGUUCGUGCCCGAAAUUGGAGAAGUCCGGCUUUUUGUUUCCCGGAACGUUCCAGCAAAGGAAGAAAACGCGAAAAAAGCUUAUUUUCGGAUUGAUAUCAAAUGCUUGAAAUUAGGAAUUCAUAGAGAAGUUGGGUUAGCGACUUGAUUAUUUAUGUGGGAUCUCUGAAUUUCCAAACAAGGUUCCCAUUUCCUAGAGCCUACUUAUUAUUAUUAUUAUAGUUUCGCGCAAGAAACCCCACAGUCCCCAUUUUGAAUAAAAUUAAGCCCUCUCUACCUCGCCGCGAAACCCAUUCCAUUAUUUUUCGCCUCGAGCCAAAACACCGAGAAGCGCAUUCUUUUUCCUCUCUCCGCUCCCUUACUUUAAUAUUUAUUCCCAUUUUGUGGAAAACUCUCCGCAAAAGCCCCUUGCGCCCCUCUUGUCUUUACCCCGAAAAGUCCCUCAAAAAAGACCCUUGCGCUUUUUAGGGGAAAAACUUAUGAAAGAGAAUUUUCUUUGAUCUGCAAGUCAUUUUUUCGGUGUAUCCACAUGGAUUCAAGCUUUAAUUUUCAGUUAUUCGAUACAUUUUAAUCCAGGCUGUAAGGGUUGAUACUUAUUUUUAACGAUUUGUUGACCUCUUUGUUUUCCCAUAAGUCAAUUUUUUCUCCUUUUCUCUCGUGACAACAUAAUUGUACCAAGCAGAAGUUAAGUUUUUUCUUUCGGAACUGACUUUCCUUCUGAGCGUUCGCAGAUCCUGGUUCGAAGAGGAUUAGUCACCAACAGCGCCAUUAUGGGUAAUAAAGUUUGGCGACGCUUUGAGCACCCUCACGGUUUAUAGCCAGUUUCGAAUGUUAAUUAAACCGGACUUCUCUUCUUUUUUGAAUAUUUGAGGGAUUUUGACUGACGAAGUUUCGUAUAAUUUUGACUUUUUAACGAUUCAUCUUGCCUUGGAACAAAGUAAUUCCCUAUUGUUGGGGAAACUCAAUUUACUAUAGUCCCUGGAAUGCGUUACAAAGCGCGUCAUUCUAAAACAAACGAAGGCCGAAGAUCCUUCACAAAAAGGGUUCCCUGUUUGGUAUAUCCCACGGGAUUCGACGUGUGGAUAUUUGGAGAUCAGGCAAGAUAAGAGAAUGCAGACGGGCCAUUUUAAUUUAGAAUCGUGGGAGAGCUGCAGUAUUACUUUGGAUUUGUAUGGAUUUUAAAUUUUUUUUCAUAGUUGCAACUAUAUAGUUGUCUCAUUGGGUCAAGUAAAAGCAUUGAGGUUUGACUUUGCUAACGUGAAGCGAGGUAACGCACAACCUCGGUGAUCCUUUCCCCGUUAAAACUUCUCGCUUCCUCCAUUUGAUUUAGGCAGAUAAAUCGAGCGCGACAUGUUGAGCACACAAAAAAGAAAGACCGAAUGGGUAAAAUGUGGAUGCGCGGCGCAGGUAGUAAGUAGCAACAAAAAUUGUUUUCACGCGAAAAUCGUCUUCUUUUGAUUUAUUCGAUUACAAAACUUGUUGUUGAGUUGACUUCUGCAUAAAUUGAUUUUUUUUGUAAAGCCCUAUGCCGACUAGCCAGAUGGCGUAACAAAUGUGUUAUUUUAAUUUUUUAUGGUCUUUUCUUGUCGAUCAUAUUUUUAAAAUGAAACAGUGAUUUUUUGCCGCACCUUUUUUAUGGUUUUUUUAAGUGAUGAUUUUGUUAUCAAGGUUGCUGCAAAAUUAUUGAGAAAAUCAUCGUUUUCGUUUCACUAUCGGGAUUCUUGCUCAGCCUCUACUCGUCAUUCCCAAAUAUUUACCAUAAAAAUUACAGAACUUGGAACUCCGUCCAAUAAUCAGUCUUCUCCAACUUGUAGAAUAGUCCAUAAUUAAUUUAUUCCUCUCAAGAGGAUCCCCUAGUCCUUUCCCAUGUACACUCAUAGUCAAAAUGGAUUUCGAAUUUGACGAAGUGGACUCGUUCUCAUCGACGGUGGCCUGUUCUACGCCUUCCACGAAGCCAGCUCCCGCGUUCUAUCACCUGACCUUUGCUGCCGAGGAAGAGGAUAACAGCAAUCUAACUGAGAGUCGCUCAACGAAUCUAUCUGUUAGUUUUAAUGAGGGUAACUGUUGGGAAGGGGAUAAAAAAUAUGAUUUUUGUAAAAUUGGCAUUGUGUUGUAUUAGCCUUUUAGUCAUAGAAAUUUCAGUUUGGGGCAGGAUCAAAAACGUUUCCUAUUGCAGCCAGGAAGCAUUACGAGUACCCCCAAAUCUCUCUUUUUCUGGCUCCAAAAACGGUAUUAUCUGAGAAAGCCGGAAGUUGCCUUUUUUGGACGGAAAGAAGCUUAAUGCCUUGAUUAGUUCGAAAAAUACCAAAUUUGUGCAUGUGUGCAUUUUGCCUUCAAAAGAGCACUAUUUUCGGUCAGAAAGGAAGGUAUUUGGUGGCAUUCGGAAUGCUUGCCUAAUGUAAUGAGAAGCACUUGGGAAUACUAGAUUUUGCUUCAAACUGCUGGGAAAAAAUGCUUAUGUUUAUCCUCCGUGCUUUAUACGUAAACACCCUCCUAAUUCUUAUUUUCAGACCAAUGAUCUCUCCGCAGCCGAUACGGCAUCCACAACAUCCUCGAAUCAUCUGAUCACCUCCCUGGUGCAAGAAAAUUUGGUACGGUGUUUUGUGUACUUUAAGAACUUAGGGAGCCGGACGAUGUUCCGAAUCGUAUCUUUCAUACUUUCCCCUCUCCUGGACCCCCGCCCAAACUUCUUACACUAGAUUGUAGCUUAAUAUUAUUAAAGGUUUUUAGCUUUUGCGAAAAAAUUGGAGUACUCGUAGGGGUUAUUUUUCCUUUAAGACUUGUCAGAUGUAGUAUUUUUAUAGCCCCUGUAUUAGUAAUAAAAGUUGUUCCUGUUAGUUUUAACGAAAUUCUUAUCUAUUCCCCUCGAUUAUGAGCUUACCGCACAUUGUCAUGGUAUUAUUUGCUUUGCUUACAUCUCACUUCCCCACGACACACUUAAACUUGCCAUACAUACACUUUGAUUUUUUUAUCUAAUUGUUGAAUAAAUGGUUAAUGUGUUAGUGAUUUUUUGGUGGUUCUGGUGAUUGUGUUGUCCUUUAUUUAUUGCACUGUAUGUUUGUUUUUUUGAGUUUGCACUUUCCGGAUAGCUGGAAGAUGUUUGUUUACUUGUUUUCUGUUCUUUUAAUCUUUGUCUUCGCAUCCCAUCUUGUCUGCAUGUUUCAUGGAAAAAUUACUAUUAUUGUGCUUAUUUUUGUCUAAAAAACACUAACAUUCGUUUUUUAGGCGUUGCAAAACAAACUCAGCCGACAGUCCGAUGAAUUGGCUGAAGCGAGGGCCUACCUGCGCGGGCAUUCCCUCUCCUCCUCGGAAGGCUUUGAAGAUAAUGGCGUUCUGAGGUUGGAGGCCCUGCCGAAGGAAGGAGAUACCCAUUCAGUGCUGCUAGAAGUCUUUAAUGUCCCAGAAUUUUCCAGGAUUCUUGUUUGUGGUGAGUAAUUUUGAUUGGUUUUUGAAAUUUAGGAAAAGGAGCAAAAAAAAUCGGUGGUUUCAAGCUUGAAAUUUCAAGUUCUAUAAAUGAUCGUUUUACAGACUUACGGCCACGAAUGGCCAAACAGCUUGCUCCCGGGCUACCCGCAUAUCUACUGUUCGCUGCCUUCCGCUACUUUGACCAAACCAAAGACGAUGCUUGCAUUACCGGUCUCUUCAAUUCCAUUCAUCAUCUUCUCAGGGAAACGUCGACGGUAAGGGUUGAUUUCAAUUUUGGAUUUUUUUGAAAUUUUAGAACUCCAAAGACAUGGAUGUCCUGGUGUUGUGGUUCGUUAAUUCAUGGCGCUUGUUGAACUUGCUCCGUCAAUUUGCCGGCGAACAAUCCGAGUGGACGGCACAGAACACGGCGAAACAGAAUGAAUGGCGAUUGCAACACUUUAACUUUGAACCAAUUAGGAAUCAAUUGAAACUGAGAAUCGAAGACUUUUAUCAGAACUUCAUGAAGAACGCCGUAGAACCUUUGUUGACUCCGAAAAUCUUCCCCGGAAUCCUUCAACAUGAAAGUGCGUCGAUGGUUUUGGACGCGGAUGGAGAUAAGAGUCGAGGAAAGGAGAAAGAAGUUGGUGCUCAAAGUCUAGAGGAUAUCAAAGAAUUUGUAAGCUUUUUUCAACGAAUUACUGGUGUCGUAGUGGGUUUUGAGAGCUUUAAUUGCCGUAAAGUAGUUCGAACUUUUAAUUUUUUUAAAUUUUUUAGUUGAAUUUCGUCUACUCGAAGCUGCGAAACUUUGGAGCGGAUAGAAAUGCGAUCUCCCAGACAUUCCGACAAAUCUCGCAAUGGAUGUGCGCUUUGGCCAUGAAUCAACUGGUCUUCCGAAAAGAUUUGUGCACAUUUGAAAAAGCCGUCCAAGUCAAGUAGGUGCAGCCAAUGUUUUCUUGUCCAUACGUGCCAACAUGAUCUUAUUCAUGUUUUUUAGGCACAACGUCACGGAGCUGAAGAACUGGCUAGUUGAACAUGAACUACAACAAUGCUGCGAACAUCUCGAGCCGCUCGUACAAGCCUCGCAUCUCAUGCAGUCGAGGAAAGAGGAGUCGAACAUCGAGACGUUGUGUGGGGAGAUGACGUCAAGAUUAACUCCAAAACAAGUCGUCUCCAUUCUCCAACAUUACACUCCUCCGCCCAGCUUCGAAGAGGAAACUGUAGACGCGAAUUUCAUCGCGAAGUUGAGCGAUCGCCUGUAUCAGCGAGCAGCCUUGGCCGACCUGAAUGGAGGGCAUAAUCCGGUGAGUGGGGAGGAUAUUUGGAGUGAACUAGAGCCUCAGCGGCGGGAGAUUUUUGAAUUACGGUAUAUUUUCUUCAGGACACAGCCAUCAUGCCCGGCACAUACCUAGCACCCUUCGACACAACCCCAUUUGUCUAUACCGACUUCCCCAUCGACAAGAUCACCCUACCGUCCUGCCUUCGGCUCGAUUCAGUCGCCAGAUUGAUAUAAAACCUAAAUUUGUUUGUCCUAUACCGGUGCAAAUUUUUAUUGUACAUUGCUGACACAUUUAUUACAUAUUCACCUUAUGGGUUAUUAGAAAACACGCAACUAAUGUGCUACAGUGUUUGUAAAAUAUCAUCUUGUAAUUUCUUAACAAUUUUUGAAACAGAAUGAAUAAUUAUUACAUAUUUUGUUGGAGGUUUUUUUGGUCUUUGUUUGUGGCGUUUUUGCCAAUCAACCGCAAUUUUCGAGGGAAAUAAAAAUCGGCAAAAACGAAAAAAGUGAAAACUGCCUCAUUUGUUUUCCGACACUUCCGAGAACCGGUGGAUUUCUCAUUUUCCUCUUGAAGAAGUUUGUGAACACGAUGGGACUAUCAAUCCGAAACUCCAAGAGCUCCAUUGUUAUCAAUGGGUAUGUUUCCGAAAGGAUUUGAUUUUUUCCAAGCCGCGCCCGAUGUUUGAGUUUUACUUGUUGGCUUGCCCCAGGGUUAUUAUCCUUUUUGGGAUAGUAAUUCAACAAAAAAAAAUUUUUUUGUCCAACUUUUGACUUGAACCGGUGUUGUCAAUUUCUGCAGCCAAAAAAUGAAAACUUUAGUCAUCUCUUUUCCAGCUCUGCAACUCAACCCUCACUGUUUCGAGUCGUCUACACCUAUUAUCUGUUAUUCUUGGCCAUUCUUCUGAUCAGCUUGUGCUUCAGCACCAUGAUGGGCUACAAAUGUCACGAUGGGAUCGAGUUGGUGGUGUUUCAGCUGCUCUUCCUAAUUCCGGGCCGAUACGCGGUCCACAACGACUUCACGGGAUACCGGACCAUUUUCUUUGUAAUUCAGGGCGGAUUGAUUUUGCCGGACCUUUUCUGGAUGAUUAUGGCUUUCAGCAAGGCGAAGAUUGUGAUUGGAAUUGCUCUCUUUUUCUGCGCUCUGAUUCAGGUAAAAUCGGGAGAUUCUUUGGGGUUUUGGGGCAACAGUCAUAAAUGCGGUUAUUUUCGACCUUUCCAGGCAAUCCUAUUUGGCUUAGCAUACUACCAGCCCUACGCUUUGUGGCCAAAGGGUUUCAACAUUCUCCUGAUCCAUUCAUUUGUGAAGCCCGGAACGCCCGACUCCUCAUCUCCACCUCUUGACGUCUCCGCGGAACGAACCGCGAAAUGGAUUAGAACCGAAUUCACUUCGACCUUUGAGGAGGGCGUUGAACGUGAGUUGAAUGAACUCUUCUUUUUCGAAAGGGUCUUGAUUUUACACGUUAAUUUGUGUUCUUAGCAUGCUCUUUCAAAGUGGAAAACGGCAGCGGGGAGAAGAUGAAGUCCAGUUCCGAUGAGCCCGCUUUUCCUCGCACGGUGGUCGUAGAUGCGCAUGGAAAUCGUCAGGAAGAUACGAUGAAGCCGGCUUUGGGAAAAGUCUCUCGCCGCAGCAAGAAGCUGACUCCGCGGCUCGAAGGCAGCAGUAAUACCAAUUAA